AUGGGUAUCAGCCGUGAUUCUCGCCACAAGCGUAGCGCCUCUGGUGCUAGACGUGCACAAUACAGAAAGAAGAGAAAGUUCGAAUUGGGUCGUCAAUCCGCUAACACCAAGUUGGGUGCCAAGCGUAUUCACCUUGUUCGUGUCCGUGGUGGUAACUACAAGCGUCGUGCUCUUCGUCUCGAAUCCGGUAACUUCUCUUGGGGUUCUGAAGGUAUCUCCCGUAAGACUCGUGUCUUGACUGUUGUCUACAACGCUUCCAACAACGAAUUGGUCCGUACCAACACUCUCGUCAAGGGUGCUGUCAUCCAAAUUGAUGCCACUCCUUUCCGUCAAUGGUAUGAAUCUCACUAUGCCAAGACUCUUGGUAAGAACAAGGCUGCUGAAGCUGAAGCUUCUGCUGAAAAGAAGUCCAAGGCUGUCCAAAAGAAGCUCGAAGCUCGUGCUGCUUCUGCCGCCAUUGAUCCCCUCUUGAACGAUCAAUUCAAUGCUGGUCGUCUCUAUGCUGUCAUCGCUUCCCGUCCUGGUCAAUCUGGCCGUUGUGAUGGUUACAUUCUUGAAGGCAAGGAACUUGAAUUCUACCUUCGUAAGAUUAAGGUAAGAAAACAGAAUCAUGGAGGAUAAAGCAAGAAGCACUAAAUUGUUUAGACUAUUUGAAUCCUUCUCUUUUCUCUGUGCGACGCUUUCUGUAUACGAGUUAUAUAUUUGUUGUUUUAAAUAAAACUCGAUUUCUGUAAAAUCAGUA